AUGGCAGAUUCCCCAACCCAACAGUCAGCACAAACGGAGAAUCCAAGGAACUCUGAGCCUGAGGAUGACUCUGUGGGACUGGGAAAUCCCGCAAUCGAGGACUCCGUCAUUGUGUCCGAGCAAUCCCAAGACUCAGAGACCCUUCCUACAGAAAAAGGCGUGCGGCGCUUUAUUGGAGGAAAAUCCGGAUUUGAGAGCAACCCAAAUCCUUCUUCGUACAUGCCAGAACAAAACCUCUUUCGCAUCUUUUGGAGAUCAAGGGACAACUGCAAGCGUCAAUUCGAAAGCGUUGGAUUCGUACUGAGACAUUUCGACGAUUUACGACUGGACUUUGUUUGCGACCGCUGGCCCCGCUUCACACGUCCGUAUGGCAAUCCCGUGUUUCGCAUGCAGUAUUUUGUCUGCGACGGAACAGUAUUCCAGCAAUUUGUGCUCGAGAAAGAAACUCUACAAGGACCCGCAGACGAAGAAGACGAUCCCGAUUUGCUCCGGAGGCUUAUCGCGCAGGUGAAGCUGGAUGAUGAUAUCCUCGUCCGGGACCUGGACUGGCAAGACAAGGACUACCAAUUCAAUAUCUCAGACAGAUUCGACACGGAGAGUUAUUUCACGGACCUGAAGAACGAGCGGUUCAGUCUGGUCAGGACACAUAAGAAUUUACCUCCUGCCCCAUCAGCAGAUGCCAGUCCGAGUACACAGACUGUCCAUGCGGACGCUGAGCUUUCGGUUGAAUUGGUCAUGACGGCAUUCAUGAACGGUGAUCCACAGAGGUUCAAGCGCCAAGGGGGGUACUUUUGUAUCGAUAUUUCGACAGAUACUGCAAGAGCUCAUUUUGAUAGCUCCAAGUACUUGGAGAUCACUGUGGCCUAUAAACUACAGCUCGCACAGCCGAAGAGGAUGGAAUCGUGGAAGUCCUGGCUUAUCCCCGCACUGGGCCUCGAAAGGAUGAGAAUUGCAUACUCGGAAGAAGGCUUCCGUGACGUUACGUUCGCGGAUAACAAGUUAUUCGACUUCAAGAUCCGCAGACAUUUGGAACACAUUCUUUCGGUUUGCAGUAUCCCUAUUUCGAACAGGAACCCAACCGACUACGAGUCCGAAACCAGUACAUCUGAGGUUGAGAGUGAACACUUUCUCAGGAGUUUCAACAUCCAAGAGCAGAAAGACAAUCCCAUAGCUCUGACGUGUGGGGACAUGUCAGGCCACCUUAUCGUUAGCGCAGCAGGCUUCUCUGCUUUCCAAUUUUUGAUCGCCAUGCACAGGUUUCUUCAAGGGAAGCUCAAAGAUCCAACGCAGUGCAAGUCGAGCACCUAG